AAGCAAGAAAAUAUUACGAACAGUGUUGAAAAUUAAGAGAGAUGGCAAGAUUUGUGAAUGUGGCGGUUGUUGUUAGCUUUGUCUCGGUGGUUUUGAUGCAAUGUGUGGCGGCUCAAACGGUGCAUGUGGUGGGAGAUAGCAUGGGAUGGACCAUUCCACAAAGCGGUGCCGGAGCAUACGAUACUUGGGCUGCUUCCAAGACAUUCAGGGUUGGCGACAUCCUAACUUUCAACUUUGGUGCGGGCGAUCAUGAUGUGCUACAAGUACCAAAAGCAUCCUACGAUGGAUGCACUGCAGCAAACCCAAUCGGAAACACCAUCACAACCGCUCCUGCAAACAUUACCAUCACCUCUGCCGGGGACCAUUACUACAUCUGCACCUUCAGUCAGCACUGCCAAUUCGGCCAGAAGCUUAAGAUUACCGCCGUCUCAUCCUCCCCCACUCCUGGUGGUGCCCCUUCACCGGCUUAUUGCCCUCCUGAUACAACAAUGCCCCCCGCGGCCCAUGGGCCCAGCCCAAUUACCCCUUCUCCAAAUUCUUCAUCGUCCACUGAUUUGGCUAGUAUUGUGGUGUCCUUUUUGUCUAUUGUUGUGGGAUUUGGAUUCAUAUUUUAAAUACAGAGAGAGACCAUUCUAUUAUAGUUAUUUAAUUGGUACUAUUUUGAGUGAUUGUGAUGCAAUAAAUUUAGUCUUUGAUUGAUUUUCAUUAUGGAGUGUAAUAUUGGUGAGAUUGAUGAAUAAAUUUGGCACAGAUUUUCUGA